UGUGCGCGCAUUGUCAUGGUUCAAAGGUUCGUUCCGCAGUUAUUUAAGAGAGCCGCCGCGCCUGUGUCGAGGGACGACCUUGUCCUGGAGGAAGCGUUGUGCCAGCGGCCGCACAGUUCGUCUGCCCUCGGUGGCGGCAGCCAACUCUCGUCGCUGCAGCGGGGCACUGGCGGCAGGAGCUCAUUCAGUGGAGUCGUGUGCACUGUGUUUGGAGCCUCGGGAUGCCUCGGCCGUUUCCUGGUCAACAAGCUGGGCAAGAUUGGCACCCAGCUUGUGUUGCCAGCGAGAACAAACCUCUACGAUAUGCAGCGCUUGAAACUUUGUGGUGACCUUGGCCAGGUGCUGUUUAUGCCAUUUCACCUGAAAGAUGAACUGAGCAUUGCCAAAGCAAUGAAGUAUUCCAACGUGGUCAUCAACCUUAUUGGAAAGGAUACGGAGACUAGCAACUUCACCUUCAACGAAGUUCACGUCAAAGGUGCUGAGAGGAUUGCCCGCAUUGCCAGAGAGAGCGGUGUGGAAAAACUCAUCCACUUCUCUGCUCUUAAUGUCGCGGAAAAUCCCAAGCCCAUCAUAAAGAUUGGAGGGUCAAAAUUUUUGGCGAGCAAGUGGCUGGGAGAGCAGCUGGUUAAAGAAGCAUUUCCUGGAGCCAUAAUUUUCCGUCCUGCAGACAUGUAUUCCCAUGGGGAUCACUUCCUGAGUUACUACGUCUCCAAUUUGCGCAGGAAUUUCACAUACGUGCCUGUGUGGAACAAAGGCAAGGGGAUCAUCAAGCAGCCUGUCUACACGGAAAAUGUGGCUGAAGGUGUGGUCAAUGCUAUCUUUGAGCAGGGCAAUGAAGGCUUGAUUUACCAGGCCGUUGGGCCUCGUCGUUAUGAACUGGGCGAGUUGAUUGACUACAUGUUCAGGGUGAUGCGAAGAGAAGUGGGAUACAUUCGCUACGACAUGCGUUUUGACCCAUUUUUCUUGUUGCGUGUGCAGCUCCUUGAGACAUUUGGCUUCAAGUAUCCACACCUGUCAUGGGAGAGGUUGGAAAGGGAGCACACGUCGGAUGUUGUGUAUUAUGAGCACCCAACCCUGGAAGACCUGAAGGUGUCACUCACUUGUGUUGAGGACAGGUUCCCGUUCGAGCUCAAGUACUACCGUGAGGCUGCGUACUACGACCCAGAUAUUGCCCAGUUUGAGAAAGUUAGGCCUCCGCCUGUCAUUCUCGAUUGAUUCUGUGUUACACAACAAAUAAACAGGUCUAACAGAAACCAA